AUGGUUUGAUCAGUACUACUACAGAUGGUUGGAUCAGUACUACUACAGAUGGUUUGAUCAGUACUACUACAAAUGGUUGGAUCAGUACUGCUACAAAUGGUUUGAUCAGUACUGCUACAAAUGGUUUGAUCAGUACUACUACAAAUGGUUGGAUCAGUACUGCUAUAAAUGGUUUGAUCAGCACUACUACAAAUGGUUGGAUCAGCACUACUACAAAUGGUUGGAUCAGUACUACUACAAAUGAUGGUUUGAUCAGUACUACUACAGAUGGUUGGAUCAGUACUACUACAGAUGGUUUGAUCAGUACUACUACAAAUGGUUGGAUCAGUACUGCUACAAAUGGUUUGAUCAGUACUGCUACAAAUGGUUUGAUCAGUACUACUACAAAUGGUUGGAUCAGUACUGCUAUAAAUGGUUUGAUCAGCACUACUACAAAUGGUUGGAUCAGCACUACUACAAAUGGUUUGAUCAGUACUACUACAAAUGGUUGGAUCAGUACUACUACAAAUGGUUUGAUCAGUACUACUACAAAUGGUUGGAUCAGUACUACUACAAAUGGUUUGAUCAGUACUACUACAAAUGGUUGGAUCAGUACUACUACAAAUGGUUGGAUCAGUACUACUACAAAUGGUUUGAUCAGCACUACUACAAAUGGGUUGAUCAGUACUACUACA